AUUUUAACCAAAAAAAAAAACAAUUUUAAAUAUAUUUUUAUAUAAAAAAUAUUUAAAAUGAGCAAUACUCGUCCUACUAGUGUGUACGAGAAGUAUAAAUGCGGUCCACAUGGCUUGGGUGAUCCAGACGAUCUCUCCUUAAGGAAGGUAGAAAUAGAUGUAAUGGUUCCUAAAAAGAUGAGGGAAAUAGCAAGAGUAGAGAAAUGCUUUGAAGAAGUAGCUGAGUUUUCUACUUGUGGUAAAAAUGCAGGCCUUUUAAUGGUUUUUAAAUGUAGAGGAGAAAAUGACAAACUUAGGAGUUGUUUAACAAAGUGGUAUGAAGAUGAAGAAUUUAAAGAUAGGUGUAAAAAGGAAUAUUUACAGGAAAGAUCUGAAUAUAGAAGAACUGGUAUAACAACAAAAGAGAAACAAAGAAUUGCAAAUAUGAUGUAAAAACUAUAAUAUGUAUCAUUAGUUAUUGUACCAUUUUUUUAAAUAAAUGUUUUAGAUUGUU